GCAGCUCGGCUUCCGUGCAGACGCCCUGCAGCCGGCGCGCCGCUGCCCGGCCACCCCAGCGCCUUCUCCCCCGGCCCCGCGCUCCCGCCUCGAUCCACGCUGCCUCCGGACCGGCGAGUCCGGCCGCGCUCCGCGCUCGCAGCGCGCCAGGCCGACGCCCCAAAGACCCUCUGCCUAGACCGCGGCUCCUGGAGGGUCCAUUGCCCUCCCGCCCGGGACCGCCUGAGCACGGGGGCGCCUUCAUGCGGCCCCCACACCUCUCGCCCGCCGCCGCCGCCCCCGAGCUCCGCGCGCUGCGCCCCGGCCCCAGCAGGGCACGCAACUUUGGAAGUCGCGCGGCGCACCGAGAGACGGCAGAGUCCGCGCCCGGGCCCCAGCCCUGGCCCCGCCGGCCCCGCCGCGUCUGGGGGAAGCAGGAGAGCCGGUGAUCGCUUCGGGGAUGUAAGGAGACGGACGGAGGACCCAAAGCCCGCAUCAGCACCCCUUGGCUGCCUCCCGGGGUGGGGGCGGGCCCCGCUCACGUUACCAGGCCAGCGGUGAUUUUUGUUCUCUCUCCGCGAAGAAUAAAUCUCUUCCCCCAUCGGCUCGACCUACUGUCUCCCGCCGCCUAGAAAUAAAAGUUGGCUGCUGGUAGGAGCUGGGAGCCAGCAGGCGCCCACCCCGGGCGCCCGAAGCACGGACAGGGGCGCCGUUCGCUGGAGCAGGGCCCAAUGGGCCGCUAGCGGCUCUCCAGCUCCAGCUGGACGUCCCCGCGGUCCCCACCCCAUGUGAGGCGCCGCGGGGCGAGCGGGCCGCGGGAGGAAGAGGAGGACCCACGGGCUCCGAGCCGGAAGGCUGCUGGCACCAGGCUCAGGCGAGCGGGCACCCGCGUUCAUGUUCCGCCAGGAGCAGCCGCUGGCCGAGGGCAGCUUCGGGCCCAUGGGCUCCCUGCAGCCGGACGCCGGCAAUGCGAGCUGGAACGGGACCGAGGCGCCGGGGGGCGGCGCCUGGGCCGUCCCCUACUCUUUGCAGGUGACGUUGACACUCGUGUGCCUGGCCGGGCUGCUCAUGCUGCUCACCGUGUUCGGCAACGUGCUGGUCAUCAUCGCCGUGUUCACCAGCCGCGCGCUCAAGGCGCCCCAGAACCUCUUCCUGGUGUCGCUGGCCUCGGCCGACAUCCUGGUGGCCACGCUCGUCAUCCCUUUCUCGCUGGCCAACGAGGUCAUGGGCUACUGGUACUUCGGCAAGGUGUGGUGCGAGAUCUACCUGGCGCUCGACGUGCUCUUCUGCACCUCGUCCAUCGUGCACCUGUGCGCCAUCAGCCUGGACCGCUACUGGUCCAUCACGCAGGCCAUCGAGUACAACCUGAAGCGCACGCCGCGCCGCAUCAAGGCCAUCAUCGUCACCGUGUGGGUCAUCUCGGCCGUCAUCUCCUUCCCGCCGCUCAUCUCCAUCGAGAAGAAGGGCGGCGGCGGCCAGCAGCAGGACGAGCCGCGCUGCGAGAUCAACGACCAGAAGUGGUACGUCAUCGCGUCGUGCAUCGGCUCCUUCUUCGCGCCCUGCCUCAUCAUGAUCCUGGUCUACGUGCGCAUCUACCAGAUCGCCAAGCGCCGCACCCGCGUGCCGCCCAGCCGCCGGGGCCCGGACCACGCGCCGCCGGGGGGCGCCGAGCGCCGGCCCAACGGCCUGGGCCCCGAGCGCGGCCUGGGCCCCGGGGGCGCCGAGGCCGAGCCGCUGCCCGCCCAGCUCAACGGAGCCCCCGGGGAGCCCGCGCCGGCCGGGCCGCGCGACACCGACGUGCUGGACCUGGAGGAGAGCUCGUCGUCCGAGCACGGGGAGAGGGCCCCGGGGUCCCGCCGGUCCGAGCGCGGCAGCCGCUCCAAGGGCCACACCCGGGAGAACCCGGCCAAGCCCGGGGACAGCCUGCCGCGGCGCGGGCAGGGCGCGGGGCCCGGGGCGCUGGGGACCGGCCCCGAGGAGGAGCGCGGCGGGGGCGCCAAGGCGUCGCGCUGGCGCGGGCGGCAGAACCGCGAGAAGCGCUUCACCUUCGUGCUGGCCGUGGUCAUCGGCGUGUUCGUGGUGUGCUGGUUCCCCUUCUUCUUCACCUACACGCUCACGGCCGUCGGCUGCGACGUGCCGCGCACGCUCUUCAAAUUCUUCUUCUGGUUCGGCUACUGCAACAGCUCGCUGAACCCGGUCAUCUACACCAUCUUCAACCACGACUUCCGCCGCGCCUUCAAGAAGAUCCUCUGCCGCGGGGACAGAAAGCGCAUCGUGUGAGCGCGGAGCCCGCCCCCGGCCCCCGGCCCCCGGCCCCCGCGGAGGACUCGCGCGGACCGCAGGCGGCGCAUCCGAGGGCGCGUCUGCCGGGUCCCGGCGCGCUGACCACCCGGCCUGCCGGCGCCACGCGCCCCAGCCUGG